AGCAGAACACUCGUGCUGACUCCGAUGUUUAGACACUAGUGUUGUGUGUCCCAAAUGGAACCCUAUUCCUUAUAUAGUGUACUACUACUGACCAGGUGCCAUUUGGGAUGCAGUCAGUGUCUUCCAUGGUGGGUUGUCAGAGGGUAGGGUGAACAGAGCGUCAGUAACACUGAUGGUUGAACAUAGCUCACACGCCAUGGCAGGAGCGUCCACCAUAGUAGUUUUGGGGCUUUUGUUCCUCACGGAAUGCCACUCGGCCCCAGUGCAGUGUGGGGAGAUGGUGGGGCGUCUGCAGGCUGAGAUGGAGUACCUGGUGAGGGUGAUCAACGAUCAGCACCACUACAUCCAGGGGCUUCACUUCAGCCAGGCCCAGAAGCUGCCCCAGAUCCCCCAGACACACCUCCAGACUGAGGGCCAGUACAAAGACUGUGCUGAGAUCUUUAAGGAUGGGAACUCCGUUAGUGGCCUGUAUAUGAUCAGACCGGACCAGGCUCCCUCCUCCUUCAUGGUGUUCUGUGACAUGAGUGAUGGAGGAGGCUGGACUGUCAUCCAGAGGAGAAAGGACGGAACAGAGUCCUUCGACAGAGCGUGGGUGGAGUAUAAGCAUGGUUUUGGAGACAGCAAGUCAGACGGAGAGUUCUGGCUAGGGAACGACCCCCUACACUACCUCACCUCUCAAGGCGACUACAACCUAAAGAUCAACAUGGAGGACUUUGACGAAAACCAGCGCUUCGCCAAGUACAAAAACAUGAAAGUUGAUGAUGAAAAGAACCAGUAUAAGCUUCAUCUGGGUGAGUACACUGGCAAUGCGGGGGACGCCCUCUCCGAAGCCCACUCCCAUCCCAGUGGGCAGUGGAACAGUCUAGGGGCCAGUCAACUGGGAGUCAAGUUCAGUACCUACGACCAUCCCAACAAGGACGAUGAGAAGUGUAUACGCCAUGACAUGUCAGGCUGGUGGUUCAGCAAGUGUGAGUCUGGCAACUUGAACGGUCACUACUACAACUGGCCGUACCAAGCGGUGAUGGAUGACGGGGUGGUCUGGUACACCUGGCACGGCUGGUGGUAUUCAAUCAAAUCCGUAGUCAUGAUGAUCCGGGCCUCCGACGUCCAUCCGGCUGGAUCUGAUGUCUAACUGACCAGAACGCCAGACGACAUCGAUCCUGUUAAGAGUUUUGCCUCAAUUAGGAUCGGCUGAAGGAGGUGUUACAUCAUAGAGAACAUUCAAUCACAACAAUCUUGAUGCUAAUUGAGGUAAAACAGUAAUUCUGCUCAUAGAUUAUUAAAGGAUUACAUUUAUUUUCAUCGUCAAUUGCAGACCAAAAAUGUAUUUAAGCUUUUAACCCAACCCCUUUGAAUCAGAGAGGUGUGGGGGGCUGCCACAUUGGGUGCCAGAGGAGCUGUUGUCCAUUCCAACUGGCAACCUUUUGGUUAUUUGCCCAACGUUUUAACUUGCUAGGCCACCUGCUGCAAGCCCAUAUGCAUGUGAUCUACACAUCCAGCCCAAAGCAGGAGGUUUAAAACAUACUUUCUUAGUCGCCAAUGUCCCGGAGCAGGUCUUUCACUGUUAAAAAUAACAACGUGAAUGUGACUGUUGGCCGAUUUUUACAUGUUUUUCUUUUAUAAAUAAUGGUACAAUGUGUGUACAAUUGUGUACUUUCUACUCAAAUAAUUUCCGAUUGUGACUCAAUUUUAAUAAAAUGUUAACUAUGAUCAACUCUUACUUUAACAGAAAUAUUGCCUAUAUUUCCCCCCCAGAGUUCUCACUUGCAACC